GUGAUUUCCUUGAAUCGUCCACCUGUCUUUCAAUCUGAAGUCGAUGUAGAUGCUUGAGGCGUUCAAGGUUAUACUCGGUGAUCAAUACCAAGCUGCGUAUUUCGGGUCUCUUACAAACUCGAACGCUGCGGAGGAGCAAUCCGGGGCGCCGGCCGCCGGUGGUGAGGAGACCGCUGAGGCUGAGGAUGAACAUCAUAACAAUCGGACACAACCAUGGCGCCAAGCCGACCGACUCGAGCUGAUGCAUAUCGCGGACAUUGCAUCCGAAAAUUGGGAAAUGUUUUGGAAGAGACCUCUUGCUUUGAAGGGAGAUAUAGCGCAUGCCAUCUUCUUUCUGAGGCUCAUGCUUCAUAUUCCACAAGGACGGAUUACACCUGUAAGAAACAAGUCGCAAAUCACUCUUAUCCUGGAAAUUGCAGGUGGCAAAGGUUUAGACGUGAAAGAAAGAUAUCGCACGUAUAAGCCUUUCAGCGAUUUCCUCAUCAUGAAGUCGAAAUUACCUCGACAGCUUACAGAGGUUGAUUCGACCGGACUGGGAACUGAUUGGCCAGUGGAUAAGGCGCGGAUGUUUCUGACCGGUGCUGCCUUCGUCCGCUUCGCAAACGCAUUCCUGAACGCAUUCAAGCUGACGAAAAAUUUUGUCCUUGUUAUCAAUUUUCUUCGGGGCAGUGGUGAAGCAUCACGCUACACUCUUUUCCAACGGCCGAAUGACAGGAUGGUCUACUGGAGAGAGAGGCGUUUCGAGUUGACUACACCAAUUGGCCGUGUCGACUUUGCACGUCAGUUGUACAACCACAUUCAUAUGCUCCAUGGUAGUGUGGAAGAAGAGGAAGACACGCGAGAGAACACUGAACUGCUCAAACUUAAGAUCGAAACGCAAGCCAAGAAGUUUGCUCUGAAGUCGGUUCAUACAAGGGGAACCAAGAGGAAACAUGAGCCAGACAACGGUAACAGCAAUGUCGCUGGCGGCGGCGGCGGCGGCGGUGCAAAUACGGCGGCGGCGGCUGCAGAACUGAGAGCGCACGGCUACGAGAUCAAGCCGGAAGUCAUUUGGGAUGCAAGCGGCGGUGCAUUGGAGCCGCUUUUCAAGAUGCCGUCUCAUAUUCUUACUGUGUAUCGACCAUCAGAUCCGAGUACUGAAUUCAUUGCAAAGGAAGUCGAUGAGGGGUCGAACGAGCUUCAGAUCCUCGCAGAUAUUCGUCGCCUCUCACCGGCGUCUAACCACGUCAUCUCCUUGCUCGAUUCGUUCCCUGGCCAGGCAGGCGCAUGGGCCAUUCUUCCUAAAGUACCGAAUUCCCUUGCGGAUUAUCUCGCACUCGCUCCUGACGAACUUCGCGGCAACGUUGUUGAAAUCUGUUUGGGCCUCAUCGAGGGCCUUACGUAUCUUCACGAAAAUCUCUUCGCGCACAGAGACAUCAAGCCCGCCAACCUUCUUGUCGACCGAUAUUUCUGCUUGAAGAUCAUCGACUUCGACGUCGCGGUUCGUCUACGUUAUGAAGGGGAGAAGGUGACCGGCUAUUGCGGGACGGCGGGCUGGAUUGCCCCCGAGGUCGAGAAGGGGUUGGAGUACGAUCCUAUCAAGGCUGACUGCUGGUCAUGUGGAUGUGUUAUCCUGCAUCUGUUUGACAGACUCAAGGGAAGUGACGAAUCCUUGAGGAUUUUUGCGGAGGAGCUGAAGGCGAAUGACCCAAGAGAUCGCCCGCAGCUACGUGAAUGGGGCGCGCCGCCUUCGCCACUCUCACCGGCUCCGCCACUCUCACGGGCCUCGUCAGCCUCGUCAGCAGCCUCGCCGGCCUCGCCAGCCUCUCUAGUCCCACCGGACUCGCUGCCCCCUCUAAGGAUGCCCAAAAGUAGCUUUGAUGAUGCUUGGCAACGCCGAACAGAAGUCGUUGAAGAUCAUACAGAGGAUUCUGAUCCGCCAGCGAAGAAGAUUCGGCACGCAAAGCCUGUACGAAACGCAGCUGCCGGUCGCGAGAACAUCAGAGGGCUUCGAGUAAGCGAAAUUCUGCCGUAGCUCUCUGUGGUUGUCUGUAGCACUCCGUAGCUCCGUAUCAUGUCUGUAGCAGUAUGUAGCGGUCCAUAGCAGGCGAAGGUCCUAGACCCUCCAGAGGCUGCAUGCGGUGGGCUGCUCGUGUCUCUGCCAUUUUAUGAGCAUAAGCUUCAUCGUACCGGAUGCUCACUCGGGCUACUCGCAUUCGCAAAUGAAGCA